AGUGAACGCCGGUGCGGGCGGGCGGGGCGGGGUGAGGGCGCGGCGCAAGAUGGCGGCCCGCAGUGAGUGAGGAGACUCCUUGCCUCAGAUAUACACCAUGUACCGUGUGUCAUGUCGGCGCUUGCCAGGUCGCUUGGGUUUGUGUGUUUUCGAGCCUCUUCACAAAAUAGCCAUCAUCAAACAAAUUCUAAAGGUUUUCGUCCAUCACUACAGAUCAGGAAAUGGGGAAUGGCUCCAGAUUCGACAUUUUUACCUUCCUAAAUGCCAGUAUGUUACCAAAGUUGAUAAAGGACUGUACCAACGUGCAAAACCCAAAGCUGAACCAUCAUCAGCACCUUUUCCAGAGAAGUCACCUCUGAUCAAUGAUGUUGUUGUACGAUCAGUUCAACAAGUUCCCACAAUUACACCAUAUCCGUCCAGUCUUCAUGAGGAUGAAGAACAAAUCCCUGGGAAAGCAGGAAUGGAAGAAGUAGCUGACGAUAAAGGAACUUCCCAAGAUAAUCGAAAAGGCAAACAGUGGAACGAGGUGAAAGUGCAACUCGCAGAUCUACCAGGGAUCUAUGCAAAGCUAUCUAAAAUAAAACUCACAGCGUUAGUUGCAACCACUGCGACGGCUGGAUUCGCAAUGGCACCUGUACCCUUCGACCUUAGCUGUUUGCUUCUCGCCACUCUUGGAACAGGCCUUGCUUCCUGUGCUGCCAACUCCAUUAAUCAGUUUUUCGAGGUGCCCUUUGACUCGAACAUGAACAGGACAAAGAACCGACCUCUUGUCAGAGGGCAGAUUAGUCCUUUACAUGCAGUAUCCUUCGCUGCUGCCUGCGGGGUGCCCGGUAUAGCGAUAUUGGCACUUGGAAUUAACCCACUAACUGGAGCAUUGGGAGCCUUUAACCUUUUCCUCUACACAUGUUGCUACACCCCAAUGAAACGGCUGAGUAUUCUCAACACCUGGGUGGGCUCUGUAGUUGGUGCUAUUCCUCCAGUCAUGGGCUGGACAGCAGCCACUGGCAGCAUCGGCGCAGGUGCCUUGUUAUUAGGUGGCAUUCUCUACUCCUGGCAGUUCCCACAUUUCAAUGCGUUAAGCUGGAACCUCAGAGAGGAUUAUUCACGAGGAGGAUACCGUAUGAUGUCCGUCACGCACCCCGCGCUCUGUAAACGGGUGGCAUUCCGCCACUGCUUUGGUCUCAUUGGACUAUCAACGCUCUGUUCCGUCUUUGAUGUGACCACGUGGACCUUUCCCCUCAUUUCACUCCCAAUAAACUUGUACAUCAGCUAUCUCGGCUACCGAUUUUACAGGGACUCCAGCCGUAACAGUGCUCGCAAACUUUUCUUCUGUAGCCUCUGGCACCUUCCAAUGUUACUACUCCUCAUGCUGACCUGCAAGAAAUCGAUAGCUGGUAGUGAGAGUACGAUCCAUCAUCAAGUUCAAACAGAAAUGCAAGUGUAAUGUUCUUUUUUUUAAAGAAAACUUCAGAAGGUAGCUACGGUUAUUUCUGUGCCAUUUGCCAUUGUCCCGUAAAGUGGGACAGUCUCAUUUCUGUUCCUCGAUGUUUUACGGUUUAUUAUUGCUGUAUGUGAUUCUGCAAUGUUAAAUGCAAGCAAACUUCACUUUUCAUAGGAAUAGGUUCAGGCUUUUAGAAACAUAGAAACAUUGAAAAUAGGUGCAGGAGUAGGCCAUUCGGCCCUUCGAGCCUGCACCGCCAUUCAAUAUGAUCAUGGCUGAUCAUCCAACUCAGUAUCCUGUACCUGCCUUCUCUCCAUACCCCCUGAUCUCUUUAGCCACUGGGGCCACAUCUAACUCCCUCUUAAAUACAGCCAAUGAACUGGCCUCAACUACCUUCUGUGGCAGAGAAAUCCACAGAUUCACCACUCUCUGUGUGAAAAAUGUUUUUCUCAUCUUGGUCCUAAAAGAUUUCCCCCUUAUCCUUAAACUGUGACCCCUUGCUCUGGACUUCCCCAACAUCGGGAACAAUCUUCCUGCAUCUAGCCUGUCCAACCCCUUGAGAAUUUUGUACGUUUCUAUAAGAUCACCCCUCAAUCUUCUAAAUUCUAGCAUUUUCACCCCUCAGGCAUGCCUCACUUUCCCUUUCAGUUGUAAUUUGGUGCAAUUAUAUCUCAAUUCUUUUUCGCUGCCAUAGCUCCAUAGUCCGUCAGACCUGUAUAACAUAAGAAAUAGGGGUAUACACAGGCCAUAUGGUCCCUCGUCAUCUGCUCCAUCAUUCAGUAAGUUCAUGGUUUGAACCGACCUGAACUACACUAUACUGCUCAUCUCCAAAAUGCUCGACUUCCUAACUAGCAGAAGUCUAUUGAUCCCGGUCUUAAACUCCGGAUAUCCCAAUAUUCACAGCCUUGUGGGAAAGAGGUUUCCAGAUAUCCACUAGUUGUGUGGGAAUAAAUGUUUCGCAAUCCCCUUCCUUAAUCGCAUAAUUCUUUUGUUCUUCAUUUGCCCAUUCAUUUAAAUCACUUGACUAUUUAUAUCUACCCUAACAAAUCGUUUAUGACUCUUUAAAUCCCUUGAUCAAGAUUACACCUUGAAUUACUGUGCUCAGAGGAAUAUAAGCAAAGUUUAUGCUACUGUCUUCAAAGGUUAACAACUAGCAGGUUCCACAUCUCCCUCAUGGUGUCAAUAAGGUUAUUUUGUGAUUUCCAUUGAUGUAAAAGAAGGGUCUCGACCCGAAAUGUCACCUAUUCCUUCUCUCCAGAGAUGCUGCCUGGUCCGUUGAGUUACUCCAGCUUUUUGUGUCUAUCUUCGGUUCAAACCAGCAUCUGCAGUUCCUUCCUACACACAAUGUCCUUUAGUAUCCCGUUAUGGCUGUGGAUGCCUUAAACGCACAAUACAUGCACAAGGAACUAACAGAUUAAUGUAUCACUAAGUGCUUUUGAACACCAGUGAAUGUUCUGAAGUGCUGGCCAGAAUUUCAGGAAAGAUCAUUGGACCACAAUUUGCAUUAUCGUGGAAUUAAUUAUAAAAUAUGUCAUUCAGUGUGUUCUUCAGAGGAAACCAAAAGAAAUUCUCAUUUAUUGUGACACUUUGUUUAAUUGCAAAUUGCAGGUAUCUGCUGUUAAUACUUGAGGACUUACAACCAAGUUUACAUUUCUCUUCCAACUAUAAAUGUGUGGUUAGCACUGACAUAUAUGUUCAGAAGUACUCCGUUUUAUUUUGCAACGUUAAAUUAUUUUAAAUUAAUGAGUUCGAACUGUUUCAAGGUUUUCUUCCUGCGUAAGUUCAAUUGAACACAGGUCAUUCAGCAAUUGAGAUUGUUGACCAUGUCCAUUGAAAUUGAUGGUUGAAAAUCGUUCAGAUCUCAUAUUGGGAAUUACAUUAUGAAACAAUGUAAAAAGAUUAGCAUUUAAACCACAAACUUUUAUGCCACAGUGUUGAUACUUUGAUAUCAAAAUUGGUAGAUGGUGUGAUUCUUCAAAUUCAUACCACAUGGGAUAGGAGACUUGUAACUACCAUCCUUUCACCCCAACAAAGCUCAGAGAUCACUUAUGUAGUUUCAAGGUGACAAUGUAUAAAUAGAAUAACCAUAUUUUUAGCAACAGUGAUCCAAAGUGUUUCAUAUCUAUGUACCAGAAGUUGCUUUAGAAAUGACAAGUGUGGUCAGGAUGUGAAGUAAUCCUCCAGUAAUUAAUGACUAUCAUUAUGAUGAUUUAAAAAAUUGAAAUCAGAACCUUAAGCAAAUAAAGGUUUGUGAAUGUUUGUAAUAAAUGAGUAUAACUGAU